CACCCAAUUUCAAUUCAUUUUGGUAACUAACCGGUUUAUAAUCAUUCAUACCCAAUCGGCGUCUUCUAAAGAAUUUCAAAACUCUAAAAAGUUAAUCAAACACCCCUCUAUUUCCUCAUAAUUACAUAUCUACCCCAAACCACUUUAUUCUCCUUUCACUAUCUUCCCCAAAUUUCAAACGAUCAGAUUACAGAUUCUUCAAUUCCUCUUUCCCUUCUCCUCCAUUUCCUGAUUAAGGCUUCACAUCUCUGAGAGAGAAAUGGGUCAGAUCCAAUACUCCGAGAAAUACUUCGAUGACACUUUCGAAUACAGGCACGUCGUUCUUCCUCCUGAAGUCGCUAAACUUCUUCCAAAGAAUCGUCUUCUCUCCGAAAACGAAUGGCGAGCGAUAGGAGUGCAGCAAAGCCGCGGAUGGGUACAUUACGCGGUUCAUCGACCUGAGCCGCACAUAAUGCUAUUCAGGAGGCCUCUUAACUAUCAGCAGCAGCAGGAGAAUCAAGCUCAGAACAUGCUUGUUAAGUGAAUCAUUAUCAUCACCUGAGUAAGAAUGUUAUAUGCAACAAUUCUAUGAGUAUUGGUUUAUGUUUCUUGUAAACAUGGUUUGAAUCUUUGUGGUUAUGGAUGAAUAUGUGAGAGUUGGUUUGUUGAACAACUUCUAUGUAAUGUUAGUCUUGGUUCUAAUGUCAUCUUCUGCUUCUUAAUUACUUAUUUCUCAAGACAUUUGGUGGUAGUUUAGUGUCAUCCAACUAUGUGUUUGAUUUUUAGAUAUAUUGGUAAAAUGGUCACUGGAUAGGCAUGAGUAGUUGAGAACAAUGUGUCCCAUGUUUCCACUCAACCAUGAACACAAAUGAAAGAGA